CAAGUGCCUCGCCCGAGGCAAAAAGGCAGUCACGGAGCCGGGAUUAACACCCCUGCCCGCCUGCCAGGCAAUCCAGGGCGCGCUCGGGUCCCGGCGCUCAUUAGCAGCGCUCAUUAGCAUCGCUCAUUAGCAUCGCUCGGAGAGGAGCUGGGAAAGCUCCCGGGGCCGGGGAGCAGCAGCAGCCCCUGGAGCUGGGAGAAAGAAGCCACUCCCAGRACCUGCCUCUCCGCCACGGGGAAACUAUUUAGGGUGGAGGAGUUCGGGGAGGGCUCCCAGACGCUGGAGGUGUCCGGUCUGUUAUCCCGCAGAGAUGAGCCAAGCCAGGCCUCGCUAUGUCAUCGAACGUCCUGCCUACUCUGUCAGCCUCUUUGAUGAGGAGUUUGAGAAGAAAACCAGAACUUACCCCGUCGGGGAGAAACUGAGGAACCUUUUCAGAUGUUCAGCUGCCAGGUUCAAGCUCUGCCUCCUGCGCCUGUUCCCGAUCCUGGCGUGGCUCCCCAAGUACAAAGUCAAGGAGUUCCUUGUCCCCGAUGUCCUCGGCGGGCUCAGCGCGGGGACAAUCCAGGUGCCACAAGGCAUGGCUUUUGCCCUCCUGGCCAAUUUGCCUCCUGUCAACGGGCUCUACUCRUCCUUCUUCCCGCUGGUCCCCUACCUGUUCCUGGGGGGGAUCCACCAGAUGGUUCCAGGGACUUUUGCCGUGGUCAGCAUCAUCGUYGGCAACAUCUGCAAUGAGCUGGCUCCGGAGUCGGAUUUCCAGUACUUCAACCACACCACCAACGAGACCAGCRUCAACACCACGGCCCUGGAGGCGGCCAGGCUGGAGAUUUCAGCCACCCUGGCCUGYCUGACUGCCAUCAUCCAGCUGGGCCUGGGCUUCCUGCAGUUCGGCUUCGUGGCCAUCUACCUGUCCGAGUCCUUCAUCAGGGGCUUCAUGACGGCGGCGGGGCUGCAGAUCCUCAUCUCCGUGCUCAAGUACGUCUUCGGCUUGACGGUCCCGUCUUACACCGGGCCCUUAGCUAUCGUCUACACGUUCAUUGACAUUUGUAAAGGGCUGCCCCAAACCAACCUGGCCUCCCUGGUGUACGCCCUGGUCAGCGCCGUGCUCCUCAUCAUCGUCAAGGAGCUCAACCUCAAGUACAUGAAGAAGAUCCGGCUGCCCAUCCCCAUGGAGAUCAUCAUCGUCAUYGUGGCCACCGCCAUCUCCGGCAGCUUUGACAUGCCCGACAAGUACGGGAUGCCAAUAGUGGGCAAGAUCAGCAUGGGCUUCCCAGAGCCCGCCCUGCCCGCGGUCAGCAGGUGGAAGGACAUGGUGGGCACGGCUUUCUCGCUGGCCAUCGUGGGCUACGUGAUCAACCUGGCCGUGGGCAGGACGCUGGGAGCCAAGCACGGCUACGACGUGGAUCCCAACCAGGUACAGCCGGGGCUGGGGCCACCAGGGACUGCUCCCUUUGCUCUCAGGCGUGAAGGGAAACGUUCCCGGCGUGAACGGGGAGCGCUGGGACGUGCUCGGCUCAAAGCCGACGUGCUGCUCCUGACGAGGCUU